UUCCAACAGCGCAGAUCAGCUGUGACUAACAGAUCAACCUCUCAUCCUGCUCCUGUGACAGAGAGACUCCAACAUGCUCUUCCUGUUCCUCUUCUUGUUUGGUCUGGCUCUGGGGACAGAGUCUCCCUCAAGUGACCGUCCAUUGAUGCUACAGCGUGGUAACUGUCCCCCGUUCUGGUUCAGCUUCAACAGCCGCUGCUACAAGUACGUCGCCACACGUGUGACCUGGGCUGAUGCAGAGAUAUACUGUUUGUCAGAGAAGGCCAACCUGGUGUCUAUGCACAGUCUGGAAGAACAGAACUUUGUCAAAUCUCUGAUCAAGAACUUUGACCAUACUGAGGGAAUCACCUGGAUCGGACUUAAUGAUGUCCACAAAGAAGGCAGAUGGAUGUGGUCUAAUGGAUGUGCAGUGGACUUUGUCUUUUGGAAUUCAAAACAACCAGACAACGCUCUAGGAAAUGAACAUUGUGUUCACGCCAAAUCUUACACUGAAAACCGUCUGAAUUGGAAUGAUCUCCAGUGUUCUCUUACCUAUCCGUCUGUUUGUGCAUCUCGCAUACUCUGUCAGUAGCUACUGAGAUGGCUGAUGAGUGCU